AUUUUCUCAAUUUCAAAAUGUCCGAUGUAGUCUUUGGGUUUUUCGCUACGGUAGCAUUUAUUGUUAUAAUCCUUUUUGAUGUUGGAAUUGUAACACCUUACUGGAUAACGGUAGAAGAGACUAUUCCAAAUUCUACAAGAAGUUGUACUCAUGGUCUAUUCUACAGUUUGGGCUGUCCUGGAAAUGAAACUGUUUUCGAUAAUUUAGUCAUUGGGCUUAAUAUAGCAACAUCCCUGUGUCUGACCAUCUUUCCUUUAUUCUGGAUAUGUAUCAGAUGUAUUAUUUGUUGCCGAAGCAGCGAUGGAAAAGACAAUAGCCGAGAAUGCACAGAUAGCUGCUGUAAAUGUUACUCUUUGCCUUACACUCUUGCAGGUCUUCUUGGGUUUGCAUCCGUCUUGACAGUGGUUGUUAAAUUUGGCCUUAAACAACUUAGAUGGUCGUUUUAUCGUACCGUUGCCUCAACCUCUGUUAUUCUUGUACAGACUGUGCUUCUGAUAGUAUAUUCAGUACGGUCCAGAAACACAGAUGAAAAAUGUACAAUAUUUCUAGUCUACAGACGACGGCAUUCAUCUAAAGGAAGAGCAAAUAACUUUAAAAGACUAAAGGCAUGA